AUGACUGCGAACCACCUCGGAAACAGGGCUAGACCAGCAGAGCACGACAUGGCCACCACCACGCAGAACACGCCGCCACCCUCCACCACCAGAUGGAUCCUCCUCGGCCUGCUCUUCCUAACAACCGCCAUCGGAACCUACCGAUCAUUCUCACUCUACUCUCAAGACAACCCAGACAUCCCCAUCCACCAACUCACCCGCAUCCCGCCCGCCGCCCUCCUCUCAACCCACACCACCGACAUCAAAGCAACCACCACCACCCUGCCCUACUUUGCUAACAAGAGCAACUUCCUCAACCAGAAGUUUGUCAAACUCGGCUGGGCUUGGACCACCUUCGUCGUCUGGUUCCACUCCAUCGCCAUCGCUUCCUGCUACUUCGGCACCCAUCCCCACCAAGAACAGCAACCAAGAACAGCAUCAACAGCAAGCUCGUCGGCAGCAUCCACCCAAAAGAAAGCGCUGUCGGAUCGCGCUCAUCCCUCCUCCCAUGUCCCAAGGAUCUUGUCCUUGCAUCUCAUCGCCACCCUUUUCUGGAUUCUGUUCACCCAAUGGUGCUUCGGAAGCAGCCUCAUCGAACGAGUCCUCAUCCUCUCCGGCGCCAAAUGCAUCCCCAGUCUCAAAUCACUCCACUCAACUUCUGCUGGAUCAUCUCCGGUCCAACAGCCUCUUGAACUCGAAAACUUGUAUUGUCAACAUCGCUGGGGAAGGAGACUCCCAGGUCUGGAUAAGUUUGUUCUGUCAACUUAUAAGCCUUAUUGGUCUGAAGGAAUCGACGUCUCAGGGCACGCCUUUCUGCUCACAUUCUCGAUCCUGCUCAUCGUCACUACUCUGCGUCCCUCCCUGCAGCAUCUUUUCGCCCAGAAGAAGCGACCGGAGUCGGAAGAGGAGCGGCUGCCCCGGAACUACCGACUGGCGAUCUACGCCAACCUCGGCUUGUUGGCCGUGUGGUGGUGGAUGCUCCUCAUGACUAGCUUGUACUUCCACGGUCCCGUCGAGAAAUUCGCCGGUCUGAUCACCGCUUCCGGCGCUUGGAUUCUCGUGGAAGGUGUCGUCGAUCGUCUGCUUGUUCUCUUCACUCCUGUGUAUUCCUCCCUGGAUCUAUACAAUAGAAGUUCUAAAAAUAACAACAAAGAUUAG